AUGGUACGCAGGCGAUGAAUGCGAAGAACGAAGAAACAUCCGAGGUUCUUGAUUUAAGGGUUGGAAGUUGGAAUGCGAAGAAUGAAGAAACAUCCGAGGUUCUUGAUUUAAGGGUUGGAAGUUGGCCUAUCAUCUAUGGGCAUCUCUAUGGCUUCGCCAAGUAGGAAAGCCAUAGAUAUGCGAACUAGAGAUGCCAACUCUCAGCCUCUAAUUGAUGCAUCAGCUACACCUUGUAAAAAUGAGCCUGAUCUUCCUGCUGUUGGUCAAGGCUCUGGUUCCUCUGGUGCUGUUCCUCAAAGUAAAAACAGUACCGAGAUGAACGAGGCAUCUUCAAUACCACCAAGCGAAAACCAACCUAGUAAGAUGCUAGCAUCUCCAUCCUUAGCUGAGGUGAAUGGCCUCCUUUAUGACGUCAGAGCUGAACGGGCCAAGUGCUCUGAGAAUAGCACAUUACGUCUCGAGUUGGAGGCUCUGCGUUGUGACCACGGCUACCAAGUAGACGCCAGAAAAAGGUUAGAGCAUGAAAGAAGCGUGUUGUUACGUGAAUUAGGCGCAGUGCAGGAAGAACGUAACAAAAUCAUGGGUUUGUGGACUGGUAGUUCUACUUCUGGAGUUGCCGUGACCACGGGUGGAGAACAAGCUUCGUCUCCAACAGGUGGAGCAGGAGGAGCUUUAAAGAUACUACAACAGGCUUCUUUUUCCGGUGUUGGCGAUGCUGCUACGAUGAAACUCGGAUUACCGUCGACCGCUUCGAAUGUCCACCAAGCAACAAAUGACGAUGCCCACGAAGGACUCGACCCAGCGACAUCUAUAGACGACGUCUCACGUUUGCGCAAGCACAAUUCAGAACUAAAAAGUCUACUCGCUUCUUCUCAGAACAGGUUUGAGGAGUUGCGGUUGAUCUGCGAGUCGACUGAAGAGCUUUCAGCACAACUUCGAGCUGCUGGCGGGCGCGAAUCGGUCUUGCGGGAACAGCUUGAAUUGGCUCUAUCCGAACAGCAACUCCUCCGCGAAGAAUUGAGAGCCAAACAGGAGGCUCUGAUGCGACUGCGGUAUGGCGUAGCUGCUAAUCUAGAGCAUGUUGAGGACGAGGGAGAAUCACAAUUGCUUGGAGGCGUGGAUGACAGUUCGUAUGGGCCACCCUUUGAUGUCCAUGUAGUUGGUGCUCGUCAACAUGACGAAAUAUUUACCACAGAACAAGAAGAAGAUAGUAGAGACUGGUCACGUCUUGAUGACGCUAGUUUUCUCAACGCAUCAGCACGAGGUCGGGACUUGGUGGAUCGAGGAGGCCUGCCGAGACGUAGUCGUAGUGCAGAUAGGACUAGGAGAGGCCGGAGAAACGACGUUGAAGAGCAAAGAAGGCGACCAGCAUCUGCUAGACCCGCGAGAGGCAGCGGGAAAGCGAAUAAAGGUUUAGGUCGUGGAGGUACCACUCGAUCUGGUGGUAGCGUUGCUGUAAGAAAUCCACGACAACUGGGCGCAAAUGGCACCACCAAGCCAAGUACGACACGUCGAUCUCUGUCACCGCCAAUCACAGCCAAAGAGCGGCGAGAGGCGGAGAGCAGGAAACUGAUGGCAGAAAAGGCCCUAAGAAAACACGCCGCCGACGCACGUUCUCGCAUGAAGGAGUACAAAGACAAAGCCGCAACACUAGAGACUGAACGAGACAGGCUCCAAGAAAAGGUCAAAGACCUCCAAGCGUGCUUGAAGCUUUCGAAAACAGAGUUAGACUGCAAGAAGCAGUUGCUUCUGUCUCUACAGAAUCGUGCGAACAACAACGCAAUUUUAGCAGCGAGCAGUCCACAGGUGACAACUGGCAGCAGUGUGGGGGUGAAUGGGACGAUGACCACGACGCCUCGAGGAACAACAGGUGUGCUAGAAGAUACUCAAAAAAAUAAUGAUCAACACGCUGUACGUGUACCAGCAGCAGGAGACACAACUCGUGCAGGUUCAACACAUCAACAAGUUGUCGUUCUCACUUCCAAAGAGAAGGAGGAAUUAGUCGAAAAAGUGAAACAACUAGAAGACCGAUCACGGGCACGAGAAAGAGAAUUAGGGAGAAAGGAGGAGCUCGCCAAGGGCUGGAAGGAGAAGGAGAAGACAGCAAGGGAGAAGCUUGAGGCGCUUUCCAAAAAGGCUAAAAAAGACGAAGAAACUGUGAAAAAGCAACGCGGGGAACUGGAACGCAAGGAGACUUUGCUCAAAGCCAAAGUAGCUGCUCUGACUGACGCAACAGUUGCCUUGCAGGUGACCGAGGCGGAUAAAUCGAAAAUUCAAGCAGAAAGGGACAAACUAGCGCUAGCACUAGCAGCUGCGAAGAAGAGACGAAGACUAGGGAUGCAAUGCGGAGUUGGAGUGUGGGAUGUUGUGCCGUCCACUUCUAGCUCAUCGGGGGUUGAUAAUAGCAGAGUACCAGUACUACAGCAAAGGCUAACAGGAGGUUCAACAUCCGAUCUUCAUCUUGGUCGUGGUACCAUCAACAUUCAACAAGAAUUAGAAAAGGAGAAAAAAUCCGAGUCCAUCCUUGGAGCUUUGUUGCAGGAGAUUCAGGGGUUGAAGCGGAGAGGAGAUGGCGUUGUAGGAAAUGAUGCUAACGGUGCUGGACCUGCAGCUGCACCUGACCAAUCUCCAAGAGGAGACGUUGACAUGGACACAGAGCAUCAACAAGCUAGCUCGUCGACGUCUAGUGGAACUUGUAGUAAAUCUUCAAUAGAUAAUAUGGAUAGUAGUAGUACCAAGAAGAACAACAAGGGUAAGCCCGCUACAACUUCUAGAGGCGAAACAGUACAAGAUCGAAAGAGACGUGCCGCCAGGUUGUUUGCUCAGUAUGAUGAAACUGAGGAUGAAGACGAGGAGGAAAUGAGAUUAUCAUCUUCAGCCGCUACUUCUAUGAAAGGCAUCAAAGCGGUUGGUUUCGCUAGUAGUGGACAACAUCAACAAGGUCGAGCUGUGGUCGAGAGAUCUCUUAGUCCUAUCAAUGUAAGACACUCUUCUACGUUGGCCUCUGCUGCGCGUGAUAGUCAUAGUGUUAAGAAAGGACCAGGAGAGUUAAAAUUCCGAUCUGCUGCAUCAGGAACAUCAUUUUUAGGCAGUAGUCUUCUGAGACCGGGCCUCCGAAGUGCGUUAGACGCGUCUACUAGCAGAGAAGAGGAAGACGCUAGUCCGCCAGGACCGGGUGGGCAAAACCAAAACGACGCCAGUCCUCAAGGAGACGAUCUAAAGCUGCUGACACAAUCCGAGGAGCUUUUUGGGCGCGACUUCAAACUCCGCGAUAAACUAUCCGACAAAUUCAAGGUGGAUGCUGCAGUCUUAGACUCUCUAUCCAUCUUGAAUCUGACGCUGGAGGAUGUGCCAGCGUUUUUGCGUGCUGGGUCGUCACUAGAGUAUUCGUUGGAUGAUGAGUGAACUGUGUCCUAAAUUCAUUGUCCUCUGAUGUUUUUUUUUAUAUGUUGGAGAACCGCCUGUUGUAUAUGAGAACUACUGUGUCCUAGAUUCAUUGUGGUCUGUUUUUUUUUAGAUGGAGAACCGCCUAUCUGUGACCUCUUCAGUAGUUUUUUUCACCAGUGACUGACUAUAAUAAUAGCAGUCUUCUUGUCAAACUAGAAAAAGGUUGCAUCAAUCGAAUGGAUAAGCAUGAUGAAAGAAAGUGUGUUGAACAUCUUCUAUCUUAGAGACUACUUAGUCAAUAUUAAUGUCACUUAGUCAAUAUCAAUUAAUCUCGCAAGAUACUAGAUAAGAUUGUAUAAAUAUCUAUUUUGAAUCUGACGCUGGAGGAUGAAUGAGUUCUUUUGGGAAAUGAUCACUUGGCCAUGCAGCUGUUGGGUAUUUCUUUGAUUCCUUGUCAAUUUCGCUGGA